AUGCCAGUCGUGAAUGAGCCCAGCGAGCGGAUGAGGAAGUUCAAGAACAGAGGCAAGGACGCAGCUGCCCUGCGGAGGCAGAGGGUGGAGGUGAACAUCGAGCUGCGGAAGGCCAAGAAGGAUGAGCAGAUCCUGAAGCGCAGGAGUAUUUCCAUCAUCUCGAUGGAGAAAAGCCCCACUCCAGGAGAAGACAAAAACGUGAUUAUUCAGCUGUCCUUGGAGGAAAUAGUCAAAGCUGUGAAUGGGAACAACCCUGAGCUCCAGCUGCAGGCUACGCAGGCUGCCAGGAGAAUGCUGUCCAGGCAGAAGGACCCCCCUCUCAACCAGAUUAUCGAGCUGGGCAUCAUCCCCAGGCUGGUGGAGUUCCUCACCCGCGCUGACAGUGCUCCGCUGCAGUUCGAGGCCGCCUGGGCGCUGACCAACAUCGCGUCCGGCACCUCCGAGCACACCAGGGCGGUGGUGGAGGGAGGUGCCAUCCCGGCCUUCAUCGCCCUCCUCUCCUCCCCGCACAUGCACAUCAGUGAGCAGUCCGUGUGGGCGCUGGGCAACAUCGCAGGUGAUGGUCCUCUGUACAGAGAUGCUCUUAUCAAUUGCAAUGUGAUUCCUCCCUUGCUGGCUCUGGUGUCGCCUGUAACUCCAGUCGGGUUCCUGAGGAACAUCACAUGGACUCUGUCGAACCUCUGUAGGAACAAGAACCCCUACCCUCCCCUGGAUGCGGUGAAGAAGAUGCUGCCGGUCCUCACCUGCCUCAUGGAGCACGAGGACAAGGAAAUCAUUGCUGACUCCUGCUGGGCAGUUUCCUAUCUGACCGACGGCUCCAACGAUCGCAUCCAGAUCGUAGUGGACACGGGGAUUCUCCCAAGGCUGGUGGAGCUCAUGGGCAGCCCAGAGCUGAUCAUCAUGACUCCAGCUCUCCGUGCCAUCGGGAAUGUUGUCACGGGGACCGAUGAGCAGACCCAGGCAGCUAUUGAUGCUGGUGUCUUGGCUGUCCUGCCCCUUCUCUUGCGACAUGCGAAGCCAACCAUACAGAAGGAAGCUGCGUGGACGCUCAGCAACAUCGCAGCAGGGCCUUGCCAGCAGAUCCAGCAACUCAUCACCUGCAGGUUGUUGCCACCUCUGGUGGAGCUGCUUGAUAAGGGGGACUUCAAGGCUCAGAAGGAGGCUGUGUGGGCAGUGGCCAACUUCACGACCGGAGGCACUGUGGAGCAGGUGGUGGAGCUUGUCCAGUCUGGGGUCCUCAAGCCUCUGCUCAACCUGCUUUUGGCUAAAGACAGCAAAACUAUCCUGGUCAUCCUGGAUACAAUUUCAAAUCUCUUCCUGGCAGCUGAGAAGCUGGGAGAGACAGAAAGGCUGUGUCUGCUGGUGGAAGAGCUUGAUGGUCUGGAGAAAAUUGAAGCCUUGCAAACCCAUGACAACAACAUGGUCUACCGAGCUGCACUGAAUAUCAUAGAGAAAUACUUUUCUGGUGAGGAAAAUCCAGAUCUGCAGCCUGGGACUGACCAAGACGGACUAUAUAACUUCUCGGUGGAGAAGCAAGACUUCAAUUUCUGAAGAUGAGGCACUGCACAGCUCUGAGCUAGGCAGUCUUGGUAGAGCCAGGAUGUCCAGAUCAAGAGGAGCAAAAAUGUGGGAUCUUUUUACAUUUGAAGCUUAUCAAUAAAUUGCACUUCUGGGUUUGUA